CGUCUCAAAAUUGGGAAAGAAAAUACAGAAGAAGGAAACCCAUUCGUUGAUUAAGCAAUUGUAACAAUAUGCAGGUUCAUAGAUAUGCACUGAAUCACUGAUAACCAAUAAUUCCAAUUUUUGAUUUUCUAUAAGCAGGAUUGGCUGAUAAAUUAUCACCUAUGAGACUAUGAUGUCUGUUCUAUGGCUAAAAAAGCAGGUGAAGGAAAGAGAGAAAAAAGAGAUGGCUAUGACGUAGCGUGGUUAAUAAUUUACUGACCAGAGCGGUUUGGUCUUUCUGACUCUUUCAUUUCUUGGUUGGGCCACACUCACCACAAUUACAAUUCCAAAGUGAUCUAAUCUAUUUUCAGUAUUUGCCAAGUCUUCCUUGCUGGUUCAUAACAGGUGCAAUAAUGAUUAAGCUUGGCUAGAUUGGUGACGUUGUACCUCCAACUCAAGCAAAAUCGGGAAGUCGUACCAUUCAGAAUUCCCGGUUCCCGAAAAGUUCUACUCAUACAUAAAGGCCCUCUCUCCCAUUAUUAGUUACACUUUGCAAACAGACAUUCCAAUCUUCUCUCCAAAAAAACAAAGAACUUUCUGCUUUUUAAGAUACUCAUCUAUCAGUAUACACAUCGGCUUCUCAAUUCGAUACCUUUUUACCAAUCAAAUCCAACAUCAUGCCUUUCACAGCAAGGUAAGAAACAUUCUCCCAGUUCCUUUUCGGCUCUGUCGGAUAUCAUACAUACUACACCCCCCUCAGUUCAUGUCAAAAGAAUCAAAUACUGACAUUCCAUGACAGCGAUAUCUGCAAGAUCAUUCUCGCCAUCAUCCUACCACCUAUUGGUGUAUUCCUUGAGAGAGGAUGCGGUGCCGAUUUGCUCAUUAACAGUAAGCCUCUCCAGAUAUCAUUUUCUGGGUGUACGCUCAAAAAUAUUAACACGGGUCAUAGUCCUUCUCACCAUUCUUGGAUAUAUCCCCGGUAUUAUCCACGCCUUAUAUAUUAUUCUGAAGUAUUAAGCUUCACCUCAUGAUGACGCCUUUCCUCAACUCAACACGAACAAUAAAUCUUUACUCUCCUCGACCAACGAUACCCCAAUCUAUCUUCCGUCUCUUUCCACACCUUCUCGAAAUCAGAUGUCACCCUCACGGUUCAUGCUCAGAAAUAUUUGAUGAAUAAUUGAUCUCUUGGCAUCGGAAGUUUCGGCUGCAGAAUAUUUCUCGGCUUGAAAAUAUGAUGGCUUGGGAGUUUUGGACAUGGGGCAUGCGUGGGUAUGAAUCAUUUGGGGAUGGUCAUGAUUUCUGAUUAUACUUAUCUUUUGCGCAUUUCAUAAAAUGGGGUUUUAAUGGAAUGGUUUUUUUUUUUUCAUUGGGUCUUCUGGCAGCAUGUCUACGGAUUUGCGGUGCAAUACGGGUUUCGCGGGUGAAUCGUACAGAGGG